UAGCGUUCUUGGUAUUCCCGCGCUUGCCUCGCCUGGUCCUUGGUCACGUACGAAAAUGUUUGGAUGCUAGCGGCUGCGCCAACCGGAAAAGCGAAAGAUGAGCGGCCAGAAGCACCUGCGAUUGCGCUACUACACCUCGUUGGAGGAGGCGAUGCUGGUGCGGCUGUGGCGCGAGCACCUGCACGACAUACCCUCCUACACGGACAACCUGCCCAUUUUCCGGGAGAUCGCGUACGGGCUGCAGCAGCACGGCGUCCGCCUCAACAAGCAGGAGGCUCGCCGGCGCAUCAACAGCUACCGCAACAAGUAUUUGAACGAGCGCAGCCGCGCGGAGGGCAAUGCGGACUUCCUGACGGACUGGCGCCUCUAUCCGCUGAUCGACUGCCUCUUCCGUCCGGCGCGGCCGUCGGCGGACGUCUUCCACGCGCGCAAUGUCUUGGAGGCGGCCGCCGCGAGAGCCCGGUCGGAACUGCCCGCCCUGCCGCCACUGCCUCUCACGUGCUCCGCCCAGCUGAAGUUCGAGCGCGACCCGGACGGAAGCGCCUUCCUCGACCCCCAGCCCCUGGUGCACGCCGUAGUGAAGACAGAGCCGCGACAAGACGACCACCAUCAGCAGGUGAAGACUGAAUACAAUCCCACACAGGCGCCACUGGGAUUGGCGACUAACCACUGCGCGCCAGGAGUUGCUGCCGAGAGUGCCAUUCGGCGGGCACCACUCACGCCCGCAAACCACAUCCUGCCCGAGGCAGAGGAGUUGCCAUAUGCGGGCCACGCCAACGGCCAGUCGGACGUCGAACGUUCAGCGACCAAAAGGAGACGAGGACGACGUAGUAUUCUGCCCAACACGGGCAAGAUCACAAUGGCCGUGGUGGAGGAGCUGCGCAAGGAGAACAAGAUGCUCGAGGAGCAGAACGACGCCUGUCUGCAGGCGCUCGAGCACAAGGAGAAGCAGUUCCUCUCCAUGGAGCAGCACUUCCUGGCCUAUCUGGAGCGGCAGGAGACCUUGCUGGCGCAAAUACAGCAGAGGGUAAUCAAGCUGGAGCCCGACCGCGAUUACUAGCACGUCGGGAGGCGUUUGUGAGGCAGCUUAGCUUUAAGUAGGGUAUGGAUUCCCACCGGGAGUCUCGACGUAUUUCAUGUUGUUCCUUUCUCAGACACAGACGUCUAUUUCACUGGACGUACAAAGCAGCACAGCGAACCGAAGAUAUUUUAUUUCCUAACCUUUUCUUAUUAUAACGUCGUCAUAAGUAUUAAGUGUGUGCACAAAUCAGAUCUUGGAAAAGAUCUCUAUUUUUCGUUUGAGUCAUGUAUUCAAGAUGAAUUUCGAUUUAAGUUACAUUUGACGAAACAAAAACCAAGCAACUGUCUAAAAAAUAUAUUA